AUGGCUGUUUCCUCCCCGUCCCGCCGCGCGGAAGAAGUGCGAAGUCUUCUAAGUGCGGUCGAAGACCUCCUGAUUCCCUUCAUCCAGUCUGCAGAUCAAGAUCCCCUAGGGCAGAAGGCAUUGGAAAAUGGCGUUAAUGGAACCAACGGCACUCAUAACAACCUUGAACCAUCGAGUACCUCGUUAGUGGAUCACAAGAAACCGGAGGAACUUCAGAAAAUUCUUCAAUUGGAAUUGCCAGAGCAAGGAACGGGGCAAGAUGGUCUGGUCGAGGCCCUGCAGAAGGUCUUGCGAUACUCCGUCAACACUUGGCACCAGGGCUUCCUUGACAAGCUGUAUGCAUCCACCAAUGCCCCGGGUGUGGCCUCUGAGCUCAUCUUGGCCGCCUUGAACACAAACGUCCACGUUUACCAGGUCUCACCCGCUUUAACGGUUAUUGAGAAGUUCACCGGCAAACAGCUGGCUUCGCUGUUUGGGCUUAAUGGUCCACGAGCGGGAGGUAUAUCGGUACAAGGUGGUUCUGCCUCGAACACAACAUCAAUUGUCAUUGCGCGAAACAAUCUUUUCCCUGCUACAAAAAAAGACGGAAAUGGAGAUUACCGUUUCGUGCUAUUCACAAGCGCCCAUGGUCAUUACAGCAUUGAGAAGGCAGCACAGAUGCUAGGACUCGGAAGUAGCUCAGUUUGGUCUGUACCUAUCGAUAAGCAAGGACGCAUGAUUCCAGCGGAGUUGGAGAACCUAGUCCGAAAGGCUCUGAGGGAGAACCGUACCCCGUUCUACGUCAAUGCGACAGCGGGAACAACCGUUAUGGGAUCUUUCGACCCGUUUGACGAAAUUGCCGCCAUCUGCAAGAAAUACAAUUUGUGGUUCCAUGUUGACGGCUCCUGGGGUGGCUCGUUUGCCUUCUCCAAACGCCAGCGACAGAAACUCGCCGGGGCAGAGAAGGCAGACAGCAUUGCAAUCAACCCUCACAAAAUGCUCGGUGUGCCGGUGACCUGUUCGUUCCUUCUUGCAGCUGAUCUGCGUCGCUUCCAUCGCGCAAACACCCUUCCUGCUGGGUACCUCUUCCACAACGAAGACACCGAGCUUCCCGAAGCCAACGGCUGUAAUGGUACCAUCGAGUCCGAACUCGGUGUUGACUCGCCCGAAGUCUGGGACCUGGCAGAUCUGACCCUCCAGUGCGGUCGUCGCGCCGAUUCCCUCAAGCUCUUCCUCGGCUGGACUUACUACGGGACGGCAGGGUACGAGAAGCAGAUUGACACUGCCUGCGACACUGCGGCGCAUCUUGCAACUCUUGUCGCUGAGAACCCGAACUUCAUCCUCGUCAGCGAAAACCCUCCUCCAUGCCUCCAGGUCUGCUUUUAUUACGCUCCCGGCGGACAAUUCCUCCAUCCUCGUGGUGUCGUCUCGGACGAGGCCGAGCGCGGCAAAGCCAACAGCAAGGUCACCGAGCAGGUGACGCAUGCGAUCGUGAGCAAGGGCUUCAUGGUUGAUUUUGCGCCACCCAGCGGUGAUGAGGAUGCCGUCGGGAAUGGCAAGUUCUUCCGUUGCGUAGUUAAUGUGCAGACUACAAAGGAAACCGUCGAGGCGCUUCUGCGGGCAAUUGAAGAGGUUGGUCCGGGUAUACUUGAGAACAUGAAGGUGCAGAAUGCUCCAAAGAACUUUAACAGACCGGGGGAAAGUGGCCACGGUCCAGUUGUUCAUCACCCUUGA